AUGUCAUCCUCUGUGAACUUCACCGCACCUUCAUUAUAUCCGAGCGUCGCAGCGACAUCUCUUCGUCAGUAUUACAUUGGGAAGCAGAUCUCAGACGUGCCGGCCCCCGCCGCCAUCAUCGAUGCAGCCGUUGUGAGGAGAAACUGCGAAUUGAUGCUUGAGACCGCAGAGAAGCUUGGCGUUGGAUUCAGAGCGCAUGUCAAGACUCAUAAAACUACGGAACUGACGGAGCUCCAAGUGGGCAAAGAUUCCAAAUCUGUCAAGCUUGUCGCUUCCACUGUAUCGGAGGUCGAACAUCUCGCACCAUGGCUACAGGAAUGCAAAUCUCAAGGCAAAGCGAUCAGCAUUCUAUACGGAAUACCAGUCGCGCCAUCGUUCAUCCCACGACUGGCAGCCAUUGCUCGAUCUCUAGGCGAAGGCUCUGUCGGACUUUUCGUUGAUCAUCCAUCCCACGUCAAACUUCUGGAGGAUAUUGAUGAAGCGACCUGGCCAGGCAAGAUUCCCGUCCACGUAAACAUCGAUGUUGGUUAUCAUCGCGAGGGUGUAGCAGCCAAUUCGGCGCAGCUCGCYGACAUUGCCUACAGCUUAUCGGCCGCAAAGCGAACGAUCCUCGGCGGAUUGUAUACUCACAUGGGCCACUCGUAUGCGGUCAGCAGUCCCGGCGAAGCUCUAAAGCACAUGUCCCUAGAGCUAGAAGGCCUCGUAGAAGGCGCCCUGUCCUUUUUGAAGUGCACAGGCGCUGAGGGGAGCCAGGAUCCGAACGCUGCCAAGGUCGUGCUAUCACUGGGAGCGACGCCAACCGCAACCUCGAUACAGAAUCUGGUGGAAGACACGGACGGCGCCAAGCAAUACCGAGCAACUAUCGACAAGAUCAAACAGUCCUUCGCCGUGGAGUUCCAUGCGGGCGUGUAUCCAGUGAUGGACAUGCAGCAGCUUGCUACCCGUGCAAGGCCUCAGCAAUCUGCCGCGGACCCAAAAAAAAGUCUUCUCUCAUAUGCCGACCUUGCGUUCCGUGUGCUAGUCGAAGUCGCGAGUAUCUACCCAGACCGCGGUGACAAGCCCGAAGCUCUAAUAGCCGCAGGCAGUAUCGUCUUGGGACGAGAUGUAUGUAAGAGCUAUCCUGGRUGGGGUGUCAUCUCCGACUGGCCUGUGAAAUCUGGCGUGCACUACGAUCCUGAAGGAAGCAAGACCGGUUGGAUCGUGGGGAGAGUAAGCCAGGAGCACGGCGUCUUGACAUGGGAGGGACCUCAAGACAAUGUAAGAAAGCUGGAGAUCGGUGACAAGCUGCUUGUAUGGCCAAAUCACGCUUGCAUCGCCGGUGCCAACUUUGGAUGGUACCUGGUUGUGGAUUCAGAAAAGUCCGACGGAGAGAAGAUCGAAGAUGUCUGGGUCCGCUGGCGAGGAUGGUAA